UUGUAAUUUAGUGUCACUUGUUGGAUGUUUCAUUGAUUUAGUGGUCGAUGAUAAGUCCAAUGCUAAAUAAAAAAAAUCACCAAAUUUAAAUUUGGUUUGAUAAUGUUAGCCAUCCAUAUCCUAGUCAAAUGGGAGAUGCAAUUUUUCCACUCAAUAAUUCUGACUUGAAUAAAAAGGACACAAACUCUAGAGGUUCUUACCUUCUGUAUAUGCAUCUUUGAAGGAUAGUGUGUUCAAUUGAAGGGCUUGCAACAAGUUAGUGAAACUUCCUGUACUAUUGUUUCUUGAUCGAGUGAUUACAUAAGAUUUCUCUCCUUCAGUUGUGUUUUCCUAGUGUGUGUGUUGUUUGUUGCUACUUCUUGUGUACUCCCUUGAUUGCUUUUGUUCUUCAACUUCAUCCCAUGUGAAGGAUAAAAAAAAUCUCCUCCUUCGUUCCAUAGUCAUGAUCCUGGUAAUGAACUUGUCUCAGCCAGUCCCCUCUCUCUCCCUUGAUGCAAUUUAAAGAGCUUGUCAUGUUGCUUUUGAGCAUUGUUGUGUUCUUGCUGCUCUAGAUGAAGCUCAGAAUCAUCUGUCUCCUCCUAUGCCUUCUAUUGCGGUGAGGAAGGCAAUGAAUCUGUCAUACUGGACUUAUUCUUGCGCCCCUUAUGCAACACGCAGCAAUCAUAUCACCAUUCCAGUAGGGUAGGAAUGGUUACUUCAUAGUUGAUACCUCCACUCAGAAAUUAACUAUUUUAUUGUUUGCAAGAUCUAUAGUCCCUAAUUCUGUAUAGCAGUGGCCCAGGUUAGCUAAUCCUGGAACUGCUAAUCUUGUCAGUCAGCAUUUAAUCCUUCUCUUGGAUGUAUCAUUCAUUUGUAGCUGGCUAACGAAGAGAUGGUGGUGGACUUGGAGGAUUCAUCCUGAUCCAGGAACGUUUUAGCUUGUUAAUCAGAAGCAUAUAGACUAUAGAGGGCCUGUAAUUUAGUAGCUUUAGGAACGUUUGAAUUAAUUUAGUAAACUUCUAGCAAGAUUAUUCAGUACCUUCUGAGGAUCUCUGAGAUUUGAGAAUGCUACUAGUUGCCCUGGAUACCAAGUCCAGACCUUGAUAAGGAUAUUGGAAGUGGGACAUCCAACUACUUUUAAUGCACGUGGAGUGUAGUGUGGGACUUCAUUACCAUGUAACGUAAUAUAGUGCUAAUGGAUAGGACAAUGACUAAUGAGGGCCGGAAUAGAUUAUGACAUGAGCACGUGAAUCGUGUGAUUCCUUGACGGCUUCUUCUGCCUACUAAUUAGGAUUAAGGCACCGAUAUAGAAGGAGGUAACAUUGAACAUCAGCCGUUCGAUCAGCAUAACUUUUUGACUUGUACCUAGAGUCAACGCUGACUUGGCGGUAGGUUUUCAUGAUCUUAGAUUGUGUGAAUCCAUUAUCCAGUCCCUGGCCCCACCAAUUCGUCUAACAAUCUGUCUCACCCAUUAUAAACACCCCCACCACUUCCCUCAGUUCCCUCCAUCCGAUUGAAGCUCUACUGGCUGACUCAGUUUCCAUGCAUGCUCCUCCCAUGGACGACAACAACUGGGAUCUAUUCGCCGUGGUCAGAGCCGCCAGCUCCUUCGCCAUUAGCGACUCCUUAUCCAACUCCAAGGAGGAGGCUGUACGCGUUUCAAAAGACAACGACGAGGACGACGACCUUUUCGGCUUCGGUGAGCUACAGGAUCCCAUAGAAUUCCAUCGACGAGCAUUCAAACAGCAGCAAGUGCUCUCUGAUAGUCAGCAGAGCAGACGAGCCGAGAGGUUGAUUACCCGUUCCAAACUAAGGUACAGAUCGAGUCACUUUGCGACUCUCGCCUACCAUUCGGUAACAGUGGACGCCGGUGAACUUGAUCGCAGGAAGAAUCAGCAGAAGAAGGUGAGCUGCCAAGUGCCGGCGGACGGCGCCCAGCCGGACCUGUGGGCAUGGCGGAAGUACGGGCAGAAGCCCAUCAAGGGCUCCCCUUAUCCACGGGGAUACUACAGGUGCAGCAGCUCGAAGGCGUGUGAGGCAAAGAAGCAGGUGGAGCGGAGCAGGGCGGAUCCGGAGAUGUUGCUCAUCACUUACACGGCGGAGCACAACCACCCCGCCCCCGCCCAUCGGAACUCGCUCGCCGGAACCGCUCGCCGGAAGCAAAUCCUUCCGUCGACGAUCUCGCCCGGCCAGGAACCGGCGAACGGCCGCGACGUGCACUUUUUGGAGGGCAGUGGGAACUUUGACGAUCAUUUCUAUCGUUCGACGACGGCGCUGACUCUCUUCGAUCCACCGGCGCCGGCUGUUGGCCACUCGUUGAGUUCCAUCACUUGAUUUGAAUGAUGUCGCCAUCGAGCAGGUUUAAGGAUAACGAAUUGUAUGCCUCCGCAAGCUUUAAAACGAUUUAUGGCUGCGCAAGCAAUCCGGCGUAAGAUCGCAACGAAAAAUAGUAAAAUUCCGGUGGAGGUCAACUCGCUGAAACAGAGAUUUUUAAAUAUUUAGGAAAUGGGUUGGCAGAUCUACCCAUGAAGUUGUUGUAGUAGCUCUGUAGAAGAAACCAGAUUUGAGUUUGAACCUUACGUAUCCUUUUUCGCUAUCGCAUUGCAAAAGGAA